GGGGACGAAGGAGAAGAUGCCAUAAAAAGCGGGUCAUUUUGUAAUUUCAUAUAAUUAGAUAUAUGUUUUUAAAUUGCAAAAAAAAAGUGUACAAAGAGCGUGAAAUCCGCGGUGGCUUGGACCCCUCCCGAGUCCUCAACACUAUAUAACACACUUUCUUCUCUAAUCUCCAUCACCUCUUAUUUUCAUCUGCUUUUGAAUUUCAAACCUUCACAUAAAAAAAAUACUUUUGAAUCCGUGUUUCAUUCAUCGAAUCUUUUUCCGAUAACUAUGGCUGAGGAAAUCAAGAAUGUUCCUGAACAGGAGGUGCCAAAGGUAGCAACAGAGGAAUCAUCGGCAGAGGUUACAGAUCGUGGAUUGUUCGAUUUCUUGGGAAAGAAGAAAGACGAAACAAAACCAGAGGAGACUCCGAUCGCUUCAGAGUUUGAGCAGAAGGUUCAUAUUUCAGAGCCGGAGCCAGAGGUUAAACACGAAAGUCUUCUUGAAAAGCUUCACCGAAGCGACAGUUCUUCUAGCUCCUCAAGUGAGGAAGAAGGUUCAGAUGGUGAGAAGAGGAAGAAGAAGAAGGAGAAGAAGAAGCCAACUACUGAAGUUGAGGUAAAGGAGGAAGAGAAGAAAGGGUUUAUGGAGAAGUUGAAAGAGAAGCUUCCUGGACACAAGAAACCUGAAGACGGUUCAGCCGUCGCUGCGGCACCGGUGGUUGUUCCUCCUCCUGUGGAAGAAGCGCAUCCAGUGGAGAAGAAAGGGAUUCUUGAGAAGAUUAAGGAGAAGCUUCCAGGAUACCACCCUAAGACCACCGUAGAGGAGGAGAAGAAAGAUAAAGAAUAAGAAGAUUAUCAUUAAAGAUAUUAAGAAUAAUGAUGGUUGAUUUGCUUUGUUUUUUUUUUUUUUUAUUGUGAUGAUUGAUCAUCUUUUGCUUUUGUGAUGUGUAAGUUUGUUGGCUUUUUUGUUGAUUACAAUUUCUUAUUUUCUCUUGUAUAUGGUUUUUAAAAACAAAAGAUCUCAAGGUAUUUUAAUGGUAUGAAUAUUUUCAUUUGAUUAAGUGAUAUGGAUGAUAUAAUUUUAUGUAUUGAUAAUCUUCAACUAUUGCUCAAAGCCGUAAACAUGACCCCAGUUUGAUUAGCAUUCAAGUUCGUAUGUAGGAAAUUAAAUGCGUUGGUAUAGAAGAAACAUGAUCG